CAGAAGUGGGCUCUGGGUUUCAAGUUACAAGUUAUCUGCUUUCAAAAACACAGCCGCCCUGACCAUGAGAGUCAGCUUUUAAAACUGCCCCGCUAUUGCAAGGGACGCAGCAGGAUUCCAGCCAAGACUUCUCAGCAUUUUCUGCCAAACUCUGUGUCAGAUUUAAGACACAUGCUCCUGCAAGCUUCCUUGAAGGCUGUGAAAAAGUUUUAAUCCAUAGUUGGGUCCCAGCCUGCUGUAGCUGCUGGUCUGUGGUCACACCACCUCCUUAUAAAGCAGCUAGAACCUAGGGCAUAGGGUGGAGAUUUUUUUUUCAACUUUCUGGACAUGAAAUGACUGUAGAGUGAUUUCUAGCUUCCAGUCGAAGACAUGGCCACCCCCUGAUUAUUUUUUGUAGCAGGAAACUGUUAAGUGUUUUUCGUCUUUUUCUCCCAUACUAAGAUUGAGAGUGGCAGGGGUGGGCGUGGGAGGUGAGUCCUUUGACUAACUCAAGUCAUUUCAUUGGAUUUUUUUUUUUAUUACAACGGAUCAUGUGAUUAUUUUCCAUGUAAAGUUUGGGGGCUUCAAACUUUGCUUCUGGAGGAUGCCUUUUGGAGCACUUUUCAGUAGCCGCCUGGAAACAACUGCUUAGUCAUCAGUAGACAUUUAAAAGAUUCAGAAUGUAUAGAGAGUGGGCAGUGGUGAGUGUUCUCAUGAUGUCCUGCGUGUGCCUGGUGCAGGGCUUCAAUAAUGGACCUGGAGCAGUGAAGGAUUUUUCUUUCGAGCGAUCAUCCCGGUCCAUGUUGGAGCGAUCUGAACAACAGAUCCGCGCUGCUUCUAGUUUGGAGGAGCUGCUGCAAAUUGCGCACUCCGAGGACUGGAAGUUGUGGAGAUGCCGGUUAAAGCUCAAAAGUCUUGCCAGUAUGGACUCGCGCUCAGUAUCGCAUCGCUCCACGAGAUUUGCGGCAACUUUCUAUGAUACUGAGACACUAAAAGUUAUAGAUGAGGAAUGGCAGAGAACCCAAUGCAGCCCUCGAGAGACAUGCGUGGAAGUUGCAAGUGAGCUGGGGAAGACAACCAACACAUUCUUCAAGCCCCCCUGCGUAAAUGUCUUCCGGUGUGGAGGCUGCUGCAAUGAAGAGAGUGUGGUGUGUAUGAACACAAGCACCUCCUACAUCUCCAAGCAGCUCUUUGAGAUAUCAGUGCCUCUGACAUCCGUGCCUGAGUUGGUGCCUGUUAAAAUUGCCAACCACACGAGUUGUAAGUGCUUGCCCACGGCCCCCCGUCAUCCAUACUCAAUCAUCAGAAGAUCCAUUCAGAUCACAGAAGAUGAUCAAUGUUCUCAUUCCAAGAAACUCUGCCCUAUUGACAUGCUGUGGGAUAACACCAAAUGUAAAUGUGUUUUACAAGAUGAGAAUCCACUCCCUGGAACAGAAGAGCACUCUUACCUCCAGGAGCCAGCCCUCUGUGGACCACACAUGAAGUUUGAUGAAGAUCGUUGUGAGUGUGUCUGUAAAACACCAUGUCCCGGAGAUCUCAUUCAGCACCCAGAAAACUGCAGUUGCUUCGAAUGCAAAGAAAGUCUGGAGAGCUGCUGCCAAAAGCACAAGAUUUUUCACCCAGACACCUGCAGGGUCUCGUGAACUACAGGCCUGCACCAACAUGCCUGCUAUUACACUAUCGUAAGUGAACAAGAAGUCACUGACAUUUAAACAACAACUGAGUUAAGGGAGGUUCUAAUCAGCAAGCUAAUUCUCCCCGCCCCACCCCCCUGUUUUCUUGAUGAAGCAGAUAGCACUAGAUUUGUGUAAGGAAGGAACUUAAGAAUAAUUAUAACCCUUGGAGGCCAUUGGCUGGGCUUUGAUCAAUUUCAAAGCCUACCCAAACUAACCACUGAGAUUUUCUUUUAAUUAAUUAAAUUUGUUCUUGGACAAUUCUAUACACAUAUAAAA